AGGUGUUAGCUGGAGUAGGUAUUUUAUACUUAAAUAUAUAUGUGUAGUAGCACUGUUUUCAUUUUUCAAAACAGGUGACAUGAAGAAAUGGCAUUGGUGUAAUUGAUCCAUUAAAGUCGUGAUCAUAGAAUAUUUUUUGAGUUAAAUUGGCAUCUCAACAAGAUUACUACCUAUUUAUGGGCAAAUUCUAAGCCUUGUUGCCAAGGGCAAUUUACUGAAAUUUAAAAACAGCUGAUUGGAGUGCUAUAGGCACACAGUUAUUUGUGACUGUGAUGCCUCAAUGUUUUUCAAAACUCACUUGGUGGAGGUAGUCUUCACAUUACUAAGCUACUUCAUAGCUGUUCUCACUCACUUGUAUCUGUUGGUCGGCUAUCUGCUCAAACCUUGGCGAUCAGUGUUGUUAGACAACGAACGAUCAGUGCUGCUAGACGACGAACGAUCAGUGCUGCUAGACGACGAACGAACUUCUCAUUCGAAGACCGCUCGUAUCAUGGCUACAGUCGUGCCCGGAGACCCUAUGCUUGCCAAGCAGAAGCACCAUCACAGGAAGGCGUUCGAAUGCAUCUCUAAAGCCCUUCAGCUUGAUGAGGACAAUGAGGUGGACAAGAGCGGCGCAAUGGCGAUGUAUCGGCGUGGUAUAGCCGAACUGCAGCUUGGCGUGGCCGUGGACGUGGACGGCCGAGGAGAGCAGUACGAUCGCGCCCGCCGCCUCAGGGAUAAGAUGGCUGCAAACCUCGCUAUGGCCACUGACAGGCUCACUGUUUUGGCCGGGACGAAGAAAACAGCCACGACUCCUAACUCCACACGACCAGCCAAUCAGCGGCCAACGUUUGCUGGGUCAUCAAAAGUGGGUCCUAAAGUGGACUCGGGCCUACGCAGACCCGGCCAAACCGGGCCUAGAGCUGGGCCCCAGCAGAGACAGCGAGCAGCAGUGAAGGAAGCAUCGCGACAACAGCAGAGACCAGGCAGGGGCGCCUCCCCUGCUGCCGUGUCCGCUGCUCUCAAGGGGGUCGAUCCCAGGCUAGCGCAGGUGAUCACCGACGAGAUCCUGGAGCAGACAACCGAAGUGUCAUGGGACGACAUCGCCGGCCAAGAGGUUGCCAAAAGGGCGCUGCAUGAACUGGUUAUCCUGCCCACGCUGCGGCCGGAGCUGUUCACUGGACUCAGGGCGCCUGCCAAGGGCCUCCUGCUCUUCGGUCCUCCUGGUAAUGGCAAGACGAUGUUGGCUCGCGCCGUGGCGAGCGAGAGUUGCGCCACAUUCUUCAACAUCUCUUGUUCAACGCUCACGUCCAAAUACGUGGGCGAGGGAGAGAAGCUCGUCAAGGCUUUGUUCGCUUUGGCCAAGGAACUCCAGCCGUCGUUCGUGUUUAUCGACGAGAUCGACUCGUUGCUGUGCGAGCGUCGUGAGGGUGAACACGAGGCGUCACGGAGGCUCAAGACGCAGUUCCUCCUCGAGUUCGACGGCGUCAGGACGAGGAACGACGACCGGGUACUCGUCAUGGGCGCCACCAACCGUCCUCAGGAGCUGGACGCUGCCGCCCUCAGACGUUUCAGCAAGCGCAUAUACGUGUCUUUACCAGACUGCACAACACGGCGCAUUUUGCUUCACAAACUCCUGACCAAAGUGGACAGUUCGGGCGGCGCGUCAGGGCCAGGCAAGAGCCCAGGUAGCGGUGAGCUGCCAGGCUGCGACAUCACCAGCGAACAGCUCGACAAACUCGCGCAGCUUACCGACGGAUACUCGGGCUUUGAUCUCACCGCCCUUGCUAAGGACGCUGCACUCGCUCCAAUCAGAGAACUUGGCGUGGAGGAGGUUCUGUCGUGUCAGGUGUCCGAGGUACGCAAGCUCACGGUCGCCGACUUCCUGCAGAGUCUCAAGAAGGUGCGCAAGUCGGUCUCUCCCGCCAGCCUCGCCGCCUUCCAAGCGUGGAACGCCGAGUAUGGCGAUGUCUCUACAUAAUUAUCGCGUGUUUUUAUAAUACGAGUCAUUUAGAUGGUCACUGUCAUGUGUCUUGAUACCAAUUGUAUCAGUGACGUGGUCCCUGUCAUGUGUCUUGUUACUACUAUUAUCGGUGAUAAUAUAUAACCAUGUCUCAACAUGAUUACUAUCGCGUGUUUUUAUAAUACGAGUCAUUUAGAUGGUCACUGUCAUGUGUCUUGAUACCAAUAGUAUCAGUGACUUGGUCCCUGUCUUGUGUCUUGAUACCAAUAGUAUCCGUGACGUGGUCCCUGUCAUAUGUCUUGAUACCAAUAGUAUCUGUGAUGGUACAAAACCAUGUCCGACCCGACAUGGUUAUUGUAUCCUAUGAAAAUCCUUUUUAUUCUCGCCGUUCUGCGGCUGAUUAUUGCGUGUUAUGAUAAUCCUUAAUCUUCUCUGUCUGAUAAACUGGUAGUGCAUUGUCCUCUAGGGUAAUUUGUCGAUUUUGCUUGUGUUGAUAAGAUACAACUCAAUAAAAUGUAGUUAGUGUUUAAAUUAAGCUACGUAUCCAUAUUAGUAAUGUCUAUAAAUGUUGAUAAUAUUUGUUGCCGGGUUGAAAUGCUCAUCGUCUAUGAAAUAUUAUGUAAAGAAUAAUGACAUUUUAGAAGCCAUAUUUCCAUGCCUUAAGAUCAAAGUCUUUGUGAUGCUACUCGUGCUGUGUCUUACGACUAUCCAAGUUACGGUCUUUUUAAUAUGCUUAAAUAAUACAAGUUUGCAAUUUUGAAGUAUGUAACACGUUAAAUGCUCCUGAUGCACUAUGAUGCAGGCCUCAGAUAAUAUACCUAUACCAGACGCUCGGAUCUCGCUAGCUACUAUUUUAAACGGAAUGAAUUUUUGAGAUACUUAUUUUUUAUCGGCAAAAGCCAUUUUUGUAGCUGCUAUUUAUGUUGUAACUCUUGAAAUCAUUAUAAAAAUGUUUUACAUUUUGUGUAAAUGUGUAAACUCAUCUUGGGUGAAGUGUAAACUCUCUACUAUGCCACAAAUCAUCAUUGCGAGUAUUGCUAAGAUCUUUUACAUCAGUCAAAUAUGUACCUAUAUGCUUUUAUUUUGUUGCUCUAUUCAUACAUGUAAAUUGUUAUGAUUUGUCGCGAGGAUACAAGACACGCGUUCUCUGAGUCCUGUUACAAUAUUCGCAAUAUACUAAAUAUGUUGUGUAUUUUUCUCAUUUAUUAUAAACUUUGGAGUUAUUCUAUUGAGUCUACAUACUAUAAUUGUGGAUUUAUGUUGAAUCAAUCGAUCGUUGCUCGCGAUAUUUGAGCUAUUUAAAAAAAAUAUUGUUUGGAAUUUGAGAAUAAAAGUCUACGAAAUUG